GAGAUGUCGGUGAGCGGCCGCGAGGACGACGGCGUUUGGUCUGUGACUGGAAAUGACUUCGGCCUCGGUCCGUGCAGAAAAUACUGCGUCCCCCAACCAGAAGCGUCGCCUGACAGCACUUUGGAGGUUUCCGAUGAGGACGUACAGAGAGAGUUGUCUCUGCUGGGCUACCCGCAGGUUCCACGGCACAGGAUCCUGCAGUUCAAGAAGGACCUGGAGCACCUCAUGAGGAAAGGGGUAGAGAUCGGUGCCCAUAGCCCCCAGGUCAAAGAAAAUGUACCCCCCGCAGUGCCAGAGCCUCAUGCAUCGUGGGAUCAUCUGUCAGCCUGGGCUACGUCUCCAUCCCCCUCUAGUCAGGAAUGCUUUUCCCAGCCACGUGCCAAGCAUGGUAGCCAAGACCCCUAUAGCAAGUACAGUGUAAGCGCUGGAGGCAACAGGUCGGGAGUACAACCGCUAACACGCAAAGUACUGCGGAGAAACGGCGAUGGGCAGACGCGCGUGAGUGACGAGUCCUUCGUGUGCAGUGACAUCAGCGAGGACAGGGACACUCUGGUCGCUAGUGAAGAGUCCAGCGUCCCCCACACAGCAGACUCCACAAAGUCCUUCAUCCGCCCUCCCCCGCACUCCCUCCUCGAUCGGUACAGACAGCGCUCCGACCCAGUGGGCCGCUACCACGAGUACAAGCAGAGCUGGGAUGCCCUCCAGGGGGCUCUGGAGCAGAGCAGGAAAGAGCUCCGCCGGGGUAUCCGCGAGCAGAUGAUGUCUGCGCCCCCUCAGCCUCUGCCCCGAUCCCUCCCGGCCCCCAAUACAUACGUAGUUCCCACGGACAAGAAAAGGUAUGGCCUGCGGUGGGCCGUGCGCAGAGACAUGGUCAAUGGCGUCGUACCCCGCACUAAUUACCCCUAAGCACCCGCCCGCAUGCUGUCGUGUGUUAACCCCUUAGUGCAUUGUGUGUUUUUAACGUGAGCUUUUCAAUAAAAUAAUCCGAUUUUUAUCACA